UUAAAUAAACUUCUGUCUACAGCGGCUGCUAUUUCUACAGAAAUCAUGAUCUGGGCACUCUUCCUCCUGUACAGUGUUGUGGACGCUCAGUUCCAAGGUCCUGGAAGCUCAGCAUCUGGUCAACUAAAUGGACCACAAGCAGGAUUACCUGGUUCGGUGGGAAGUGGCUUUGGAGGAUUUAGAGGGUUCCAGGGAGGCUUUGGGAGUCCCUUCGGCGGGGGAUUUCCUGGAGGUUUUGGGAGUCUAUUUGGUAGAGGAGGUUUAGGCCAAGGAAUAUUUGGACUGGGGGGAGGAUCUGGUGGACCCUUUGGAGGAUUUGGGGGACCCUUUGGCGGAUUUGGAAGACCGUUUGGCGGAUUUGGAGGACUCAGAAGUGGGUUCGGAGGAUCGCCUGGAGGAUUCAACAGUUUUGGGGGAAGACAACCUGGAGGUUUUGGAGGUCAGCUUGGAGGUUCUCAGCCAAGAGGAGUGCAAGGCUUCCAACAACAACGAAACUUUGGAUAGUUCUAUCAAUUUGAACACUCGACACAACUCCACUCCAUCCACACGUUUG